AUGUUUGGCAUGUUUCUAACCGUUCUUCUGGUUCCGUUCGUGGUUCAAUGUGGAAAAAGCAAGAAGCCGAAAAAGAAACCGCUUGUUGCAAAAGGUAAAAAUUCGAAAAUUGAAAAGAAUAAAAAGACGAAGAAACCAUCACAAAAACAACAAGAAAUGCAGUCAACUGACGAAGCAAAGUCAAAUGUUAACGAGGAUGAUAAGGAGAAAAAUUCAAAGAAAUCGAAGAAAGCGGAUACAUUGAUGGAUUCGAAGAAAUCGAAGAAGAAUGACGAUUCGAUGAAGGCGAAAUCUUCUCAGAAGACGAAGACGUCUGAGGCUAGUCUAAAGGAGAACAAGCCAACUACACCCAAAAACGAGGAACAUCUCACUUUGACUCCUGAAAAUCCGAUUCCAGGCCAAGUGUCUGUUCCACCAGGAAUCGAACAAGAGUACAAACCGCCUCCAGAGCACGAACGCCCGAAACAUCCCGGAUUUGAAGCACAAUUAGAACCGGGAGAGGAGAACAAGACAAUUCAGCAAGUGGUUCAGUUCACUGAUGCUCAAGAUUUUUAG